AUGUCUUCUGAACGAACGAUCCCAGCAGAACUGCAGCAAUAUAUAGAUCAAGCGGUUUCAAAAUUACCUGGCAACAGUAGCUGGUCAUUUAUACAAGGCUUUUUGUUAGGUCAGCUUACCAUUGUAAUUUUGAUUCUCGCUUUUAUAAAAUUCAUGCUGUUAGAAAAAGCCACAAAGCAACAAAAGCGUCGUCUUCCCAUACAAAUGCCAAUUAAUCCGAAAACAGCUUCUGUAUCGCCUGCUUCGACCAUUCUUUCUAAAACGUUAUAUGAUCCUAAGUAUCAUCUACCUGAAUCAACUGAUUGGCUUAAUGUUCUGCUAGCACAAGCUAUAUAUCAAUAUAGAGAAGAAGCGAAGACAGACAAUCGUUUAGUACGUUUUGUUGAUGAAAUAUUGAAUGAUGGUGUCAAGCCCGAUUUCAUGGGGCCGAUUGAAGUUACACGUCUAGACAUUGGUGAAGAAUUUCCUAUCUUCAGUAAUGCUCGAAUACGACCGACUGAAACAAUGAGCAGAAUGCGAGUCGAAGUUGACUGUGAUUUCAGUGACCAAAUUACUCUUGGUGUAAAUACUCAAAUUCUAAUCAAUUGGCCAAAACCACGGAUAGCAGUAUUGCCCAUUUCGCUAGUUCUUUCUAUUGUCAAAUUUGCUGCAACGUAUAACUAUUUUCAUUUAGAUCACUUUGGAAAUAGUGGUGAAUUCAGAGUCUUCCUUUAUCGUUGUCUCAUCGCUUCCGGACUUCGUACUGGAGUUUAA